CACACACGCACUCACCGCUCACUCUUGGUCUCCCCGACAGACAACCACGUCAGCGGUGGUCUUCACCUCCAGCGAGAAACACAUCCUGGCGGCGGCGGCCAUCGUGUGCGGGGUGAUGGCAGCUCUCCUCGUAGCCGCCACCGUCCUCUUCUUCCUCCGCCGCCACGCCAAGGCCAAAGCCAAGCUCCUGGGACUCAGCACUCACGACACCGAAGCCUCCAAGGAUUACCAGGUUGAACACGAAGAAUGUGUCCCAACCAUCACCACCGGUCCCUCAUCAGCCACUCAUCAACGUACGGAACUAUGUCGCGGGAUAAUGGCAGGGAAGGCAGGAGAAGGAGGUAAGAGCGAGCCCCCGUCCACCCAGGCCCCGAGCCAGAGGAUGCCCAGCCUAUCCAGGGAUCUUGACAACGGCAAUAACUCCCCGUCCUCCAGGUCAUCUACUAGUUCAUGGAGCGAGGAACCCGUAGCGUCUAACAUGGACAUCUCUACUGGACACAUGGUACUGUCGUACAUGGAGGACCACCUCAAGAACAAGGACCGCCUCGAACAGGAGUGGAUCGCUCUGUGUGCCUAUGAAGCCGAACCUUGCGCCACCACCCUCGCCCUCAAGCCGGAGAACAACCAGAAGAACAGGUAUCCCGACGCCGUGCCCUACGAUCACAAUAGGGUAGUCCUCAACGCCCACGCCAACCUCAACGGCUCUGACUACAUCAACGCCUCCUCCAUCACGGACCAUGAUCCUCGGAACCCGGCGUACAUCGCGACUCAAGGUCCCCUGGAGAGCACAGCGGCGGACUUCUGGCAGUUGGUGUGGGAACAAGGCAGUGUGGUUAUCGUCAUGCUCACAAGACUCACGGAGAACGGCCACGCCUUCUGCCACCGAUACUGGCCUGAGGAGGGCAGCGACCUCUACCACAUCUACGAGGUUCAUCUGGUGUCUGAACACAUCUGGUGUGACGACUACCUGGUGAGGUCUUUCUACCUAAAGAACGUGCGCACGGGGGAGACCCGCACAGUCACCCAGUUCCACUUCCUCUCUUGGCCAGACUCCGGCACCCCAGCCUCCACCAAGGCCCUCCUCGAGUUUAGAAGGAAAGUCAACAAGUCAUAUCGAGGUCGUUCCUGCCCCAUCAUCGUUCACUGCAGUGAUGGGAUCGGGCGCACGGGGACCUACUGCCUCAUCGAUAUGGUGUUGAACCGUAUGGCAAAGGGUGCCAAGGAGAUCGACAUCGCCGCCACGCUGGAACACAUCCGUGACCAGCGGCCCCACAUGGUCAAGAGUAAGGCGCAGUUCGAAUUUGUGUUGAUGGCCGUGGCGGAGGAGGUGCACGCCAUACUCAAGGCCCUCCCACAGUAGUAGCCAGCCUCCUGACGACGACCCGGCGAGAAUUCAGGCCUGCAGGAGGGACGCACGGACACCAAAUGUUGUGUUUCCGUGAGCGUCCCGACCAUACUCCUCCUUCACACACCGCUUGGUUCGUCCCUCCCUGAGCGACGCUCGACCUGGGGGUGGCGGCCGGCGGGCGUUGUACCUCUGCUAGCGUCGCCAAGGUCACAACUCGGCGGCGACAUGUAUCUCGUUGUCGCUUUACUUUUCAACCCCUUUCGUACAGGACACUAAAUUAUCCACAAAGCUUGGUUCUUAGGACUAUGGAUGGCUUACAUUGGACGUAAAUAUACUACAGGUGUCAGAGGAUAAUAAUAUAUGAUAUAUAUUUUCUUUCAUUGUUUCCAAAUAAAAGUAUAUAGGGAUAUAUAUAUAUAAUUAAAUUGUGUAUAAGUGGUAAUAAUAACACUGUAACGUUGUGUAUCAAGCAGACGUCCACCAAGUCACACUCAGUUACACAAACUUUAUAAAACAUAGCAAAUGGGGGUGCACUUUGUCUAAAAAUGGCGUCUUGUACAGAAUUAAUAAAUAUCAGUCCGAAGAAACACAACUUCCUUACCAGGAAGAUAUAAUAUGUAUGCAGACAUAAAUGAAAAAGUUUUUGUAACUGAGUAAAGUAAAUGUAUUCCAAACCUCUACUGUCCGCUUUAUUUUCUCUACAAAAGUUGUCCCCAAAAGUAAUAAAAACUCGAAAAUAUAAAAGAACCACAAAAAAAAUAAAAUUCAGUCACUUCAUUGGCUACGUGAUGUCCAGUCCCCGAGCCUCUUGGAUGGAUUUGCCCUCCUCCUCCUCCAAUCAGGAGCCUUCUUGGACCCAGCCUCCCAAGAAGGCUUCUAUCAGCCAAUCAAGUUCCUCGGCCAUAUGACUCUCGUAGCCAAUGAGCGUAAAUGUUGCUUCCUGUGUCUCUAACGGUAGAUCAAAUGGAUAGUCUAGUACGUAGGUUUAAGGUACAUUUAUUCAGAAAGAUCAGAUGCCCAUCGGAAGCUGUGGAACUGGGAAUUCUUUCAUCUUCAUGGGCUAAAAUAUCCACACAAAAUUCUACCACCUGAGGAGAUAGUGGGAGCAGAGUGCAAAACUAACAAAUAUAUAUACAUAUAUAUAUAUAUAUAUAUAUAUAUAUAUAUAUAUAUAUAUAUAUAUAUAUAUAUAUAUAUAUAUAUAUAUAUAUAUAUAUAUAUAUAUAUAUAUAUAUAUAUAUAUAUAUAUAUAUAUUCUCCGUUCUAUCGUCUGCAAAUCUCGGGAGAAAAAACAAAUGAAUUCUCCAAAUAUUUUACACAAAUAAGACGUGUGAGAGACGUAAGUAGGGAUAUCAUCGACAAGUGUUGUGUAGUUCAGUGCGUCAUUGUUAUAUCUUGGUACCCGUAUCAGUUUUUGGGUUCAUUACUAUUUAAUAUCCUUAUGUCAUAUUAUUAUACAGAUGAUUAUUUUGUAUACAGUACUCUUAAAUAGAUAAUUAAUAUUUAGGUUAAAAAUCAGGUACACUACUAUAACUAAAUGUAUUAUGUUAUUAUCACUUAUUCUACGGAGUCUUGUGAUUAUUAUUAUGAUUUUGAGUAUUAUUGUUAUCAGAAUCAUUAAUGUUUCUUUGGGUAUUUGUUUAUCAAUAAGGCCCUGAUAUGAUUUGCGAUCGGUAUAUCUCCUUGUCAUCUUAAGUAAGGCGGUGUUACGCUCUCGUCCGACGCCAAUAAAGUGAUUUGGUGGA